UCAUAAAUCACAAAAGAGCGCUUCUGGUUCAAUCCAAAAGGGCCCACAAAGGAGCACUUUUCUACCUUUAUCCUUUUCAGGAAGCCGAUGAUCUUCUUCUUCUUCUUUGUGUUAUUCGAAAUCCCUAAAAAUUGCCCCAUUUACCAUUUAGACUUGUACUACUUUUCUGUGCGGGUUUUCUCUGCAGAUCUUUUGUCCUUCUCUUAUAUUUCUAUCUACUUUUACCACUCAAUUAGGUAUUCCUUCUUCUUUCUCUCACCAAUUUCAGCUUCAAAAGCACUAUUUGUCUAAAGGGAAUUGACUUAGAACUUCUGGGCUUUUCUGAUAUUCUCGAGGAUUGGGCUUUUGGGUACUUUGAGGAUUUAGCUACAUUGCUGAAAGUUGGAGUCGGUUUUCGUUUUGUGAUUUGAUGAAUUUGGAUUUUGAGGUCUAAAUUCUUCUCUGUUCUUGAGGAAUUGAUCAGUUUCUUGAGGAAUAGCAGCUGAAGGUAUUUGAGUUUCAAAAUUAUCACUUUUGUGGUUCGGAUUUUCUGUUUUGGAGGUGGGAUCAUGGGUUCGUCUGGUGUGCUAAAUGAGAAAAUGAGUCUUCUGGUUUUGGGUUUGUCUUGAGCUUGAAAGACGAAUAGAGGAGAUGAAGAGAGGAAAGGAUGAUGAAAAGAUAAUGGGGCCUAUGUUCCCUAGGCUUCAUGUGAAUGACACGGAGAAAGGAGGGCCAAGAGCUCCUCCAAGGAACAAGAUGGCCCUUUAUGAGCAGCUUAGUAUUCCUUCUCAGAGGUUUAAUCAUGCUGUUUUGCCUCUUAACCCAAGUAAAGCUAGCAACUUGAUUCCUGCAGCAUCCUCAAGCCAGCCAACUUAUAUGCAGGGGAGUGGCUUUGAAAGGAGUUUGCAGUUCCCAAAUCAUGUUCCUCCUACAUCAUCUCAUCUGGUUGAGAAUCUUCAUUCUCACUCAUCUGGAGGCAACUUGAAUGCUUCAUCACCCCAACUUGAGCAGAGAAAGAAGGUAGGAUAUGAAGACGAUUUCAGAGUACCUGUAUUUGUUCAAUCUGGGAUGGGUGGAUGUCUUCCUAAAUCUCAGAAUGGUAUUGAUGGGGGAAAACCCACUCCCUUCAGCCAAAAUUAUUUAAGUCAUUCAGUGAAAGUAAAAGAUGCUGGUGAUAGUGACAAAAAAAAUUAUAGCUCCAGAGUUCCCAAUUUGAGACUGGAUACAAGAAACCAAAGUGAGGAGAAACUAGAGGUUUGUGUCUCAAGUAGGGAUCAUUCAGUUAGAUCUUCCACAAAGUUUGCGACUAGAAAAAAGAUAGCUAGCCUUGGGGAUGCAUAUCAAAAUCAACAAAAUCCAGAUCUCCCUGGAGCUAAUUUUAGCAGAUUUUGUGAAAAUGAUGAUUUUUUGCAACAAGAGUCUACAGCUUUUUUGCAGCAAGAUAACAGUGGAAAUGGUGAAGGUGUUCCUGAGCUGACAAGAGAAAUAGAAAAAGGAAAUAUUUUCUGUCCAAGAAGUGACUCUCUCUCAAGGGAAGAUUGUAGUAGUCCCAACAAACCUGAAAUUGACUGUGAAUUAAGUGGAGAGAAGACGUGUAGGUCAUUACAAUUUGGAAAUGGAGAUAAAAGUGAUGAUGUCUCUGAGACCUCCAUGGUGGAUUCUAUAUCAGCAUUGGAUAUUUCGCCUGAUGAAGUUGUAGGAAUAAUUGGUCAGAAACAUUUCUGGAAAGCAAGAAGGGCAAUUGUCAAUCAACAAAGGUUGUUUGCUGUUCAAGUGUUUGAGUUGCAUAGACUGAUUAAGGUUCAGCGUCUGAUAGCUGCAUCGCCAGAUCUUUUACUUGAAGAUGGUACUUACCUCGGGACACCUCCUACAAAGGUUUCUCCGGCAAAGAAACUUCCACCAGAAUUUGUGGUCUCGCCUCCAGUUCAUGUUGCUAAGCGCAAAGAUUAUCCCGAGAAACCAAACCAUAAGAUGGAAUGUUCUGCAGAGAAUGCAAUUGGGAAGACAUCAUUUUCUUCUGCGAAAAAUGGUAGUCAACCUUCUAAUAAUGGUUCUUAUUUAGGGAAUCCCCCACCUGUUCCUGUACCUACUGAUUCCAAAAUGAGUCCUUGGUGUUUCCAACAUUCACUUGGACAUCAGUGGCUAGUUCCUGUAAUGUCGCCUUCAGAAGGACUUGUAUACAAGCCAUACAAUGCACCAGGAUUCUUGGGAUCAGCCUGUGGAGGAUGCGGACCUUUUGGCGCAUCUCCCAUGGUCGGUAACUUUAUUAAUCCAACCUAUGGGAUUCCACCUUCUUCUCAUCACCAUCAAGGAACUGGCUUCAUACCUGGUGUUCAUGGUUAUUUCCCUCCAUAUGGCAUGCCAGUUAUGCAUCCAGCCAUGUCAGGUUCAGCAGUGGAACAAAUGAACUACUUUGCAGGGGCUGGUUCAACUGGUCAAACUGGUCAGGUUUCAGGAGGGGGAGCAAACUUUAACGUGCAACAUCAAAGCUCAUGUAAUUUGCCGAAUCAGAAGAGCGGAUCCGUUCCACAAGUUCCAAAGUUCCGGGCAUCUAAAGACACUGAACUACGGGGAAGUACAGCUAGUAGCCCUGGGGAGAGAGUGCAAGGAGUUGGGACUGUUGAGGCUGCUGAAGGAAGAGAUGCACUGCUGCUGUUCCCAGUAGCUCCUGCUACACCAGAAGGAGCCUCUCAGCCUCAAGAGACUGACAUGCCGACAAGAGUGAUCAAAGUCGUGCCUCACAACCCAAGAUCUGCUACUGAAUCAGCAGCACGAAUUUUCAAAUCUAUACAGGCAGAAAGAAAACAUAAAAACUCUAUUUAGCUUAUGUGAGAUUGGUCUAAUAUGAGAUUCUUCUAACUUACAUAUGGUGUGCUUUGUCAUAUUCUCAUGUACUUUAUUAGGGCAUGAUAUUUUGCAAUGUUAUUUAUCCUCUUUUUGGAUGAACUGAUUAUAGGCUAUUCAUAUGUAGAUACCAAGGUGGAAGAAAUACAGCAAACCAAUGUAACAUGAAUAUGUUGGCUUUCAUAGUAUUUUGUAUACGACGUGAAAUCAAUGUUAUAGAGGUGUCAUUGCAUGGGA